GUUGAAGGGCCAUGAUUUAUGCAACCACUGUCAUGAUGCCAAUGUGUUUAGUAGUAUCUGAAAUAUUGACAUGAUGUACGGUGUUCCUUAAUGGGGGCAGCACAUGUUACCAUCCUCUGUAUUUUGCACUGAAAGCAUUCAUCCAUUUGUAUUUUUUGCACUGAAAGCAUUCAUUUUUGCAGUGAAGGCAUUCCUGUAUAAGCUGAACUUGUACUGUCCCUCAUCUCUACUUGAAGGAUCCUAUUAGGUGGCUAGUCUUUGUGUCUUGCUUCCUGGCCUUCCCAAUGUGCCUCCAUUUUGUAGUGUAAGCAAAGCAAACUGUUUCUGCAUGAUCUCACCUUUAUGUAUAUAUAUCUCUCCAAGAUUGUAUGUCCAUUGCUGCCUGGAGAGAAGCCAUCCAACCUUGCACGGCGGCGCCAUGGCCGCCACCGCCGCCUCGCCGGAACGCGCGCGAGCGGAGGUCGACACCUCCAGCGCGUUCCGGUCGGUGAAGGAGGCGGUCGCCGUGUUCGGCGAGCGCAUCCUCGUCGGCGAGAACCGGAACGGCGGUGGCGGGUAUGGCGGCGGUGACCGCCGUGCUGGUAGGGAGGGGAGGACCAGGUCGAACACCUUGGCCAUUGCCGCCUCGUUUGCGAAGCUCGAGGGAGGAGGAGGAGGAGAUGGUGUCAGGGUUUCUAACCACUCGAAGCCGAACGCCAUUGGUGUCAAUGCCAAGCUUCCAGUGGCGUCGGAUGCUACGCCGCCGGCGAUGUACUUGGUCCCGUCAUCCUCGCCGCCGUUCUUCGCGUCGUCGCCGUCGCUCGCCAACGACGACGACGGCGUCUCCGCCGCCUCCGCCAGCGACGCCAUGGUGAUGGGCUCCAUCAGGAAGGUGGAGGAGGAGGCCGCCAGGGCGAGGCAGGAGGUGGUGCAGCUGAAGCGGAGGCUGGCCGAGACGGAGCUCGCCAUGGCCACGCUCAGCGCGAAGCUCCACCGCGCGCUCUCCAAGCUCGCGCACAUGGAGGCCGACAGGGCGGCGGCGGAGCGCGCGCGCAUCCAGCGCAGGGACGGCCGCGACAUGGCGCUGGCUGUCUGGGCCGCGUCCGGCGGCGGCGACCGGCGCCGCGGCGUCGCCACCGCGGCCGCCCACGCGGCGGCGACGGCGAGGCGGCAGCCGCUGGGAGAGCUUCUCAGGCUCGGCGAGGCCGACGUCAUGGUGAUCGGUGGCCAGAGAAGGGCGGCGGCGGCGGCGGCGAGGAGGAAGGUGCAGAAGGAGAAGCCGAUCGUGCCACUGAUCGUUCCUCUCAUCAAUGGCAUCCUCUUCUCCAGGAAGAAGAGGAACAAGGACAAGGAGAGCUUGUACAUGAAGGAGCUUUACAGCUUGCUUAGGCUCAGCUAGCUGAUCAGUGUGAUCUGAUCUGUGUGCAGCUGUGUGCUUAAUUAGUGCACUUGAUUGGUCAUUUUUUUUCAGUGUUUGUGACUCUGUGUAACCAUGUCUGACUGUCAGAUGAUUAUGAUGUAAUUUAAUUUGUAAAUUAAGUAAA